UCGACACUCUUUACCACAAGUGUAAACAUUCCCACAUGGUUCCCGGAGAGGCAAGACCCUUUUUCAAUCUAGCUAGCUAGCUAUAGAAUAUUUAUUUUUAGAUCUUAUGAUAAUUUCCUCUCAACAACAACUGAGACAAUGGGUGGAAAGAAAAAGAAAAGCAGAUCUGAGCCAGACCAGGACUGGGAGGCUCAGUUGGAGGCUGGUGCUGUGACGGGGGAGGGUACUGAGCCAGUGGUAACUGUUCCCACUGGUGGAAAGAAGGGGAAAAAGAAGAAGAAAGGAUUCGCUGAUCUUGAUGAUGAAGACCUAGAGGCUAUGGAGGCGGAGAUUCUGAAGGGAGAAAAACCACCCCCUGUAAUUGAAAACGUUGAAGGUGACCAACCGGCACCAAACAAAAGCAAAGGUCAAUCAACAGCCACGGCUAAAACAGGAGAGGCGACUGCAGACAAGAUUGACGGAGAGCAGGCAUCAUCUGAGAUUGGCAAAAUCGAUGUUAAUGAAAAUGGCAGUGAGAGACUUUCAAAGAAGGCUAAGAAAAAGAAAAAGAAGGGACGAAUUGAUGCUGGCUUGGAAGCUGCGGGAGAAUCUGAACCUCUUGCCUCAUCUGCAACUGCUAGCACACCCCCUGCCGAAAAGAAACCUGUGGAAUUGUCUAUAACAGAGACGAGCAAGGCGACAAGUAUACAACCAGACAAGACCUCGGAGGCGUCUGGUGGUGGAGCAAGUGUGACGGGUGAGGGUGGUGAUGAUGGCGGAGAAGAGGAGGUAGCCAAGAAGAAGAAGAAAAAGAAGAAAGCCAAAGAAGAAGAGAAGAAGCCAGUCAAGCGUCCUGGUAAGGGAGUGCCAGUUGGCAUGAUAAAGAAACUGCAGGCUGCUCGGGAAGAGGAGGAGAGACUGCGACAGGAAGAACUUCUACGUCUACAGAAGGAAGAAGAAGAACGAGAGCAGAGAAUACUGGAAAAGCUUCGACUGGAGCAAGAACGUAAGGAACGCCUGAAGCAGAAGGAGCGAGAGAAGAAGCAACGACGUAAAUUGGAAGGCAAGCCAGUCACCAAGAAGGAGAAAGAAGCUGAGGCACUGCGACAGGCAAGACUGGCCUUACUCAAGGAGCAAGGCAUUGAACUUCCUGACAAGAGUGACGUUGGAGAGAAGAAAAAAGUGGUCUACGGCAGCAGGCAGAGGAACAAGAAAACCAAGAUCCAACUUGACAGUACUGAAGAGAAAACUGUUGAACCAGCAGAAAUUCCUCUAACCAAAAGUGUGGCCACGGAAGAUCGUGCUGAGUCAGCACCAGUUGAAGCAGAAGAGGAUGAUGACGACAUUCUAGAUACCUGGGAGGACUUGAAAACUGACGAGUCUGAGAGCGACGACGUUGAGGAACAACCAGAAAGUGUAGUGGACGUCUCCUCCGAGGAUGAUAGUGGGGCGGAGUCAGAAAGCACCUCCUCUGAAGACAGUGACGACGGAGAGGAUGAAGCUGAUUUCUCACCGUACGACAGGGCAAAGAGAAGAAUACAUAACCGGCGUAUUGAUGCUGAGGCUGCCCGCACUGAAGAGACUCUACGCUCUCCUGUGGUGUGUGUCCUCGGUCAUGUCGACACAGGGAAAACAAAGAUUUUGGACAAGAUAAGGAAGACCCACGUCCAGGAUGGAGAGGCGGGUGGCAUUACCCAGCAGAUAGGGGCCACCUUCGUACCCCAGGAUGCCAUUCGAGAGCAGACCAAGAUGCUAAAAGAGUUUUCGAAAGUGACUAUUCAACUUCCUGGGCUGCUCAUCAUCGACACUCCUGGUCACGAGUCUUUCAGCAACCUUCGCACCCGAGGGUCUUCACUGUGUGACAUAGCAGUCCUAGUGGUAGACCUGAUGCACGGUCUAGAGCCACAAACACUGGAGUCAAUCAACAUCCUCAUGAAGGGAAGGACCCCGUUCAUUAUAGCCCUCAAUAAGAUUGACCGUCUGUUUGACUGGCAACGCAACCCUAACUCUGGAGUGAGGGAGACCCUCAAGAGACAGAAGACCAACACCAGGGACCAGUUCGACGAGAUGGUCAAGGUGGCUGUCAGGCAGUUUGCUGAGAAGGAAUUGAAUGUGGCGUUGUUUUGGGAGAAGGUUGACUUCAGUGAGUACCUCCCCAUGGUACCCACCUCAGCCAUAACUGGUGACGGGAUGGGGGACCUCAUUGCUCUGGUGGUCACCUAUUCUCAGAAACUGCUCUCCAAACAGCUCAUGCUUUCCAGGGAGGUCGAGGCUGUCGUUAUGGAGGUGAAAGUGAUCAGUGGACUGGGCACAACAGUGGACGUCAUCCUCCGUAACGGAGAGCUGAAGGAAGGGGAUACUAUCAUACUCACAGGGAUCGACGGACCGUUCGUUACCACUAUCAGGGCUCUGCUCAUGCCACAACCUCUGAGGGAGCUGAGGGUUAAAAAUGCCUACCUAACCCCCUCGAAAGUGAUUGCUGCUCAGGGGGUUAAAAUCACGGCUAAGGGGGAGCUGGAUAAGACAGUAGCAGGGACCCCCCUACUUGUCGCCCAUCAGCAGGAUGAGGUGGAUGUACUCAAGGAUGAGGCUAGUCGGGCGUUCAAGUCUGCUCUGAGUGCUAUCAAGCUGCAAGAGAGAGGUGUGUAUGUGCAGGCCUCCACUCUCGGAUCACUGGAGGCUCUGUUAGAGUUUCUCAAACAGUCUAAAAUACCGUACUGUGGUGUGAACAUUGGGCCCGUACAUAAACGAGACGUGAUGAAGUCCUCUGUCAUGCUGGAGCACGACAGCCAGUGGGCAGUCAUCUUGGCGUUUGACGUCAAAGUGGAGCGAGAAGCACAGGAAAUGGCAGAUGGUUUGGGUGUCAAGAUAUUCACGGCUGACAUCAUCUAUCACUUGUUUGAUGCCUUCCUCAAACAUAGACAGGAAUAUCGGGACCGGAAGAGAAAGGAAUUUGAUAACGUUGCCGUGUUCCCUUGCAAGCUAAGAAUCUUACCUGAAUGUGUGUUCAACACCCGAGACCCAAUUGUAGUGGGUGUGGUUGUGGAGGCGGGUGUUAUCAGACCAGGCACUCCCCUCACUGUGCCAAGCAAAAAUUUUACAGACAUUGGUGUGGUGACUAGCCUGGAGGUGAACCACAAGAGUGUGGAGGUGGCCAGACAGGGGGUGGAGGUGUGCAUCAGAAUAGAGUGCACGGGGGAUGCUCCACGUCUCUAUGGGAGACACUUUGACCACACUGACACUCUUGUCAGUAAGAUCAGCCGUGAGAGUAUUGAUGCCGUGAAGAACUAUUUCAGAGAAGACAUGCAUGCCAAUGACUGGCAACUUUUAAUUGAACUCAAGAAAACGUUUGGAGUUCUCUGAAUUGAUUUUCACAAACUUAUAAAAUAUGAUUAUUCAGCUAUUAAC